AUGUACGGAUUCGGUGACGCGAAGGAACCCGAUCCAGAUUCGAUCGAGCUCAUGGAGGACAUGCUGGUGGAUUAUCUCACCAACGUCGCGCAUCGAGCGAUGGAGGUGGCGGAACGACGCGGUCGCAUGCAGACGGAAGACUUGCUGUACGUCAUCAGAAACGAUCGGAAAAAGUUUGCUCGCGUGGAUGAGUUGUUGGAGAUGAACGCUAAAUUGAAGGACGCGCGA